UUGGGGUCACAAAGGUCGAUUGAUCUGCUACUUGUUUACGACUUCUAUUCAUACAACAUUUCUUUGUUAUAGUUUCAUGCCAAUCCUCUUAGUAAACGUCCGAGUCCAAUAAUUAAAUGGUUUCAUGAGAUGCAUUUGUGCAAAGGUGUGUAUCUUUGCAGUGGAGAAAAGGAACACCCAACAAUUGACCGGAAGUUAAUACGUCAGCUGAUUGAGAAACUCCCACGUGGCAGCUGUAUAUAAACACAACACGUUUGUAGCACGUGGCCCGGCCGAGGUGAUUUAAACUGGAAUGUCACAACGUCAGAAGAGGUCGCUGUCUGCAGAUGUAGACCAUGACCACUUAGUAAACGUGAAAGCAAUAAUACUUGACAUCGAAGGAACUACGACCCCGAUAACCUUCGUGAAGGAUGUCUUGUUCCCGUAUAUACGUGAACAUUUAGAGAAGUAUAUUAAGACCAAUUGGAAUGAGAAAGAUGUCAAAGAAGAUGUUGAUGCUCUAAGAAAACAGGCCAAGGCAGACCAUGAUAUUGAUGGUGCUGUCCCAAUACCUGAUUCUUUUGAUCCAAGUUGUCAAAAAGAAGUGAUAUCUGUGCAGGAUGCAGUGAUCAAAAAUGUACUUUGGCUGAUGGAUGCUGAUAGAAAAAUCACAGCUUUAAAACAGUUACAGGGUCAUAUGUGGAGAUCAGGGUAUGAAAAUGGAGUACUAAAGGGACAAGUGUAUGAUGAUGUAGUGCCAGCAAUCAAACACUGGAUUUUAAGCGGCCGCAAAGUUUAUAUUUAUUCCUCUGGAAGUGUAGAAGCCCAAAAAUUACUUUUUGGUUAUUCUGAAAAGGGAGAUUUACUGGAGUUAUUCUCUGGAUUCUUUGACACUGUCAUUGGAGCCAAAAUAGAAGAAGACAGUUAUCGCCGCAUUGCAAAAGAAAUUGAUUACAAGGAGAACGAAAUACUGUUCGUUACUGAUGUAGCCAGAGAGGCACGUCCAUGCAGAAAAGCUGGUUUGAAGACGAUAAUUGUUGUAAGACCAGGAAAUGCUGAACUGACAGAAGAUGAGAUAAACGAAUUUCUGACCAUUCAUUCGUUUCAGGAACUUGUAUCUAGUGAAGAUGAAGUUAAAAAGUUAAAAGCUGAAUAGUGUUAUAUGUGUAUUUGUAUAUUCACUGUCGGUUCAAUGUGGAAUUGUUAUCACCGAUUUUAACAUGAUCCUCAGAUCUUAACCUCAAGCAAAAUGGCUUUUAUCUCAGAAAUGUUCUUUUUUUUGUUUUUAUAAAAUAUGGAAUUU